GUGGUCGAGUGAAGAGGUAAAAGUGUGAGUUCUCGCGUUCCUGCAUCCUACUGACGUUUCUAUCAACUACCUAGGUGCAAGUUGUUAUUAGGAUGUUUCUUUUUUUUAUCUAAUUGACUGCAGAUUGUAUGACCGGAAACUACAUAUGCCAUAAUGUCUAUUAACUCUAUUUUCAUCUUUGAUUCGGACAAUGAAAACAGUUAAUGUUUUCCCGGGGCUGAUUCAAAAGCACGUCGAACUGUGUUAAUAUCAUUCAUUAAUCCCUUAUUUUAGUAAGGAGACAAUUUUUGGUCGACUUGAGUGCGAGGGCCCAGCAAUGUUGUCUUGGAAUGUGGCAGCCAUAUUAUCCAAACUAGUUACCGUAAUUUUGCCAAGAAAUGUCCCGUCCAUCUUAUCGAAACGUUUCCCUGCCGUGUUAUCAGUAAGCGUUUGCAACGUCAUAUCGAAAAGCGUCUUGCCGAGACGUGAUAUCUCCAAGCCUAAAAGUGUGAUCAAGAUGCUGGCUGGGGGAGGCUGGUUCCUGCUUCCUCUGCUUCUCAGCCUCGUAUCCAGAGCACAAGCCGAGUGUGGAGGAGGGCGGAGAGAAGUGCUGGAGAGGGUGGCGAGGGUGCAGCUCGUGGGAGUGAGCCUGGAGCCUCUUCUGAAGGGCAGAAGUGAUGCCCCGCUCACCAUGGACUGCCUAAAUAGGUGCCAGGACUCCCCCCAGUGCCGGGGUGUGAUGGUGGACUAUAAUAACAUGGAAUGCCAGGCCCUCACCAGCAGCUCACGCGUGCAUCCAUCUGCCAAGUACAGACAGGCUCCUGAACAGGCAACCGCAUACUUCCAGAAGAUUUGCGUCAAAGCCCCGACGUCGUGUCCAAAGCAGUGGGUGCUGGAGCGCAUCCCAGGCUACGCUCUGGAGGGCUACGAUAACAAAGAAGUGUCGGCUGUGCACAGCAGGGAGGCCUGUGCAGAGCUUUGUCUCGUGCAGACCUCGGAGCUGUUGUGUAGAAGUGCUGAAUAUAAUGAAAGGACGCAAACGUGCCGCCUGAGUAGCGAGGACAGACGUACGCAGGCCCUCAGCUUCCAGCCCGUCGCUCAGGACAUCCACUACAUCGAGAACCUCUGUGCUCCUGAUGUGGAGCACGGCGUGCAGUGCGAGUACGAGAGCUUCGAGAACCAGCACCUGGCGAGCUGGGACGAGCAAGUGACUGCUGAAACCAAGGAUCAGUGCACGGCGGCGUGCUCGUCAUGGUCGCAGUUCACGUGCCGGUCUGUGACGUGGCGUGAAGAAGACCACGAGUGCCGCCUCUCCUCAGAUGACGUGACUGGGGCGGGAGGUUUGGGUGCCCUCACUCUGCAGCCUGGAGUCAUUUUCCUGCAGAAGUCGCCUUGUCUUGACUUGGACCUGCAGUGCAGCGUCGACUCGAUGACGGUGAGGCUACAUACGGACGAGCCGUUCCAGGGGCGCCUGUUCUCCCAAGACGCGCCCUCCUCCUGCCAGCAGCUGGGCAGCGGCCGCACGGAUACGCACCUAACCAUUAACUUUCGUGAACGAGAGUGCGGUGUGGUGGACGAAGGUGAAGGUGUGGUGAGCAGUGUCGUUGUGGUGCAACAUCACCCCGUGGUGCAGAGAAGAGGUGAUAAAGCCAUCAAGCUAGUGUGUCUCUUCAACACCACAAACAGAACUGUGAGCAGCGGCUACAAUUUUCAGUUCAGCGGGCACGGCCUGAGCGGCGGCGUGGCGAGCGCUGUUGUGAACGCCACGGCGCCAGUGCCGCGACUUCGGCUCCGCAUCGUCGGCAGCGACGGCAGAGACGUCGGCGGCGCUCGACUCGGCGAGACACUGACACUGAGGCUGGAACUUGACGACUCCAGCGUUUACGGAAUCAUGGCCCGUAACCUGGUCGCCCGGAGCAGCGACAGCACUGGCCACGUGACCUUACUAGACGAGCGAGGGUGUCCGGCUGAUCCCCUUAUCUUCCCCUCGCUGAAGCCCCUCGAUAACGGCUAUCGGGGCCUCCAGGGCACAUUUCAGGCUUUUAAAUUCUCAGAGGAUUCCGUCGUCAGGUUUCAAGUCAAUGUUCAGUUCUGCCUACAAGAGUGCAAGCCAGCUGACUGUGAAGGCGGCACGAGCUCGUACGGCCGAAGAAGAAGAAGCCCUCAAGGGUUAGUGAAGCUUCCACCUCAACAAGACGCGUCCAAAUUCAGAGCCAGCAUUGUCCCGGUGUCCGCUGAAAAGGUGAAAAUUCACCUCCUGGAUAAACAAAGAGAGGCUGUUGUUGAGUCCGAAGAUGACGAUGAUCAUUUCUAUCACGAGAUGCCCCUACAAAAAGAGAUCAUUGUCGCCAACACACACGUAUUCCCUCUCAGAGAUGGCAGGCUGCACGACGAAGGAGAAUUCAGGCGACUGGGCAACCUCGUCUGCAUAUCGUGGGAGAUCAUCAUAUGUGUCCUCGUGGCAUCGAUCAUGUUGCUGAUCUGCGUGGUGCUUGUCACUGUCAUGUGCGUCUAUGCGCAACGUCGCCGCUGUUUCCCGUCCAGUGAUGAAGCGUCUUCCGACGUCGCCUACUCUGAACGACCGGCGUCGAGUGCCGCACUCUGCUCUUCUGAGCACUCAGACCACACACUCAGAACGCUCCGAACAUCGCUCAGAGAUUGAAAUAUGCGCUCAUGAAGAGCCAAUUUACUCUUCUUAGUCCUGAUAGUUGAAAGAUUACAAUUUCCAGAGCAUCGCGUUUGUAUUCAAUUUAUUUUCUGUUACGUUAACCAACUAUCGGAAUGGCUCCUUUUGAGCGGUUUCAUAAUUUGAAUUGGAUGAGAUAAAUCUUUAAAGAAAGGUUGCUUAUAUAGGAAAAUUCUUUGGAUUUCAACUAAUACUGAUAAAAUAAAGUCGACUGUUACUAGUUAUGAAUCUAAUAUUUUCACUGACUAUAAAAGGAUAGAAACCAAUAAAUAAUAAACAUUUAUCCAAAUAAAAUAAUAGAAACCAAUCUGUUGAAGCCUCUGGCUUUGAUUGCAUUUUAUGCGAAAACUCAGAAAUAAUGUUAUUGUACAUGAAAUUAAGAAAUUACUGUAAAAACGUGUACAUUUGUAUGAGAUUACUAUAAUAUUAAUUGAGAUCGCAGAAUAAAAAAUGAGAAAUAGUUAUAAAAUUUUUUAACGAUUAGCAUAAAAUACUGACCUGUUUCACUGAACUGCAUGUUUUAUAGAGCCUGUACAUGUUUGCUCGCACAUUCCAGUAUAUUUGUACAAAUAUAUGUUUAUUUUGUUAUAAAAAUGAAGUAAACUGC